UCGGCCCUCCAGUGUUGCGGAGAGGCAGGGCAGCGCGGCACCUGUCCGCGCCGGGAGUCGGGACACGGGCGCCGGCCGCCGGAGGAGAGGGGCACCGCCGCGGUGCGCGCCAGCCCUCCGCCGGGAGGGGACGCGGAGCACAUGCGGACUGUGUAGGCAUGAGCGACACUUAUCUCAGAUGUUGGAUAUUUGCUUGGAAAAACGUGUGGGUACGACCUUGGCUGCCCCUAAGUGUAACUCCAGUGCUGUGAAGGUUCCAGGGUUGGCAGAGGGGACUGAGGGGACCAUGAAAAUGGACAUGGAGGACGCGGACAUGACUCUGUGGACAGAGGCUGAGUUUGAGGAGAAGUGUACAUACAUUGUGAACGACCACCCCUGGGAUUCUGGCACCGAAGGAGGCGCUUCGGUUCAGGCAGAGGCAUCCUUACCGAGGAAUCUGCUUUUCAGAUAUGCCACAAACAGCAAAGAGGUUAUUGGAGUGGUGAGUAAAGAAUACAUACCAAAGGGGACACGUUUUGGACCUCUAAUAGGUGAAAUCUACACCAAUGAUACAGUUCCCAAGAACGCCAACAGGAAAUAUUUUUGGCGGAUCUAUUCCCGAGGGGAGCUUCACCACUUCAUCGAUGGCUUUAAUGAGGAGAAGAGCAACUGGCUGCGCUACGUGAACCCAGCACACUCUGCCCGGGAGCAGAACCUGGCCGCCUGUCAGAACGGCAUGAACAUCUACUUCUACACCAUUAAGCCCAUCCCCGCCAACCAGGAGCUUCUUGUGUGGUAUUGCCGGGACUUUGCGGAAAGGCUUCACUACCCUUAUCCUGGAGAGCUGACAAUGAUGAAUCUCACGCAAACCCAGAGCCAUCCAAAGCAGCAGAGCACUGAGAAACAUGAACUUUGCCCAAAGAAUGUCCCGAAGAGAGAGUACAGCGUGAAAGAAAUACUAAAAUUGGACUCCCACCCCUCCAAAGGGAAGGACUUCUACCGCUCCAACAUUUCACCCCUCACUUCGGAAAAGGACGCGGAUGACUUCCGGAAAAAUGGGAGCCCCGAGAUGCCCUUCUACCCGCGGGUGGUGUACCCGAUCCGGGCCCCUCUCCCGGAAGACUUUCUGAAAGCUUCCCUGGCCUACGGGAUGGAGCGGCCGCCCUACAUCGCGCACUCCCCCAUCCCGUCCUCCGCGACGCCCAGCCCCUCGGCGCGCAGCAGCCCGGACCGGAGCCUGCACGGCAGCCCCGGGAACACCGUGUCGCCGCGGGCCCCCGGCUCCCAGGAGCACCGCGACCCUUACGCCUACUUGAACGCUCCGUACGCCGCCGCCGCCGCCGCCGAGGGGCUGGGCCCCUACCCCGGCUACGCGCCGCCCCCGCACCUGCCGCCCGCCUUCAUCCCUUCCUACAACGCGCACUACCCCAAGUUCCUGCUGCCCCCCUACGGCAUGAACUGCAACGGCCUGGGCGCCGUGGGCAACAUCAACGGCCUCGGCAGCUUCGGCCUCUUCCCGAGGCUGUACCCCGUGUACGGCGGCCUCCUGGGCGGGGGCGGCCUGCCUCCCCCGAUGCUGGCGCCCGCCUCGCUCCCCAGCUCGCUGCCCUCGGAGGGGGCGCGCCGCCUGCUGCAGCCCGAGCACCCCCGGGAGGUGCUGGUGCCCGCGCCGCACAGUGCCUUCUCCCUCCCCGGGGCGGCCGCCAGCCUGAAGGACAAGGCCUGCAGCCCCACCAGCGGGUCCCCGACGGCCGGCACCGCCGCCACGGCCGAGCACGUGGUGCAGCCCAAAGCUACCUCAGCGGCCGCGGCGGCCCCCGGCGGCGGCGACGAGGCCGUGAAUCUCAUCAAGAACAAAAGGAACAUGACCGGCUACAAGACGCUCCCCUACCCCCUGAAGAAGCAGAACGGCAAGAUCAAGUACGAGUGCAACGUCUGCGCCAAGACUUUCGGCCAGCUCUCAAACCUGAAGGUCCACCUCAGAGUGCACAGCGGAGAACGGCCUUUCAAAUGCCAGACUUGCAACAAGGGCUUCACUCAGCUCGCCCACCUGCAGAAACACUACCUGGUACACACGGGAGAGAAGCCACAUGAAUGCCAGGUUUGCCACAAGCGAUUUAGCAGCACCAGCAAUCUCAAGACCCACCUGCGACUCCACUCCGGAGAGAAACCUUACCAGUGCAAGGUGUGCCCCGCCAAGUUCACCCAGUUUGUGCACCUGAAACUCCACAAGCGCCUACACACCCGGGAGCGGCCCCACAAGUGUGCCCACUGCCACAAGAGCUACAUCCAUCUCUGCAGCCUCAAGGUCCACCUGAAGGGGUAUUGUCCUGUGGCCCCAGCCACGGGGCUGCCUCUGGAGGACCUGACCAGAAUCAACGAAGAAAUCGAGAAGUUUGACAUCAGCGACAAUGCCGACCGGCUGGAGGACAUGGAGGACAACGUUGACGUGACCUCUGUGGUGGAGAAGGAGAUUCUGGCCGUGGUCAGAAAAGAGAAAGAAGAAACUGGCCUGAAAGUGUCUUUGCAAAGAAACAUGGGGAAUGGACUGCUCUCAGGAUGUAGCCUCUACGAGUCAACAGACCCGUCCCUCCUGAAGUUGCCUCACAGCAACCCACUACCUCUGGGACCUGUAAAGGUCAAACAAGAAACAAUCGAACCAAUGGAUCCUUAAGAUUUGCAGAAAACAAAAGGUGUUUUGUCUUCUUAACUUAUGACUUGGCGAGUCAGGGUGCCUGUAGCAAACGCUUGUACAUAAUUCCAGUUCUGCAAAGCUCUCCUGACGGCAGAUGGUUUCCCCUCACCUCUCUGGAAUUAAAGAAGGAUCCCCAAAGUUACUGAAAUCUCAGGGCAUAAAUGAGGGAAAGACAAUAUAUAUACAUAUUAUAUAUACUUAUUUACACCCCCAUCUAUAUAUUUGAACCUGUGUAUUUUGAAUAUUUGUGUGGAUAUGUUUGCAUAGCCCUCCCAUUGCUAAGACUAUUGCCUAGCCAUAAUUAUUUUUUCAAUGAUAAUCCUUCAUAAUUUAUUAUACAAUUUAUCAUUCAAAAAGCAAUAAUUAAAAAAAGUUUACAGUGACUGGAAGAAUUCCUUGUAAUUUGAGUUAAGUGUUAUAUUUUUGUCUGGUGGCUCUUCUCUGUAGAUAAUUUCUGCACAUCUGUUUUAAGUACCUAAGAUUUAGUAAACAAAUACAUUACGUCAGCCGACCUCCCUCUAUAAUAAUGGUUUGAAAAUGAGGUUUUGGUGUUGCCAAAGUUAGACAAUUGAUGUGUUCAUUCAUAGGAUUGUAUCAUUUGAACAGCACUGUAUAACUUGGGGGUAUGUGUGCAGAAUUACCCAGUAAUAACUUCGGUAGAAGAAAUAAGAAAGAGAGAAUCUUGUAUGUUUCUGUAGAUAGUUCAGCAUUUUCCCCCCUAAUCACAGAUUUACCAGAAAGGCGACAAGAAGGCUUUGCUAAUCUGUCUCCCUCUCCAAAAAACAGAGUCGCCCCAUCCCCAAAGUCAUGUGACCGUUCGGGGUGGCCACGAGACUUUGGCAUCCCAAUGUAUUAUCUGAAAAUGUGAAGAAGACAAAAUGCCAUGUUUAAAACCACUGCAAAACAUUCCCAAAGCACAGGUGGUUUUGUAUGGGUGAGGUGAGGGAGCAUGAGUCUGGGUGUUUUUGUUGUUGGUCUUUUUUGUUGUUAUGUCAAAAUUGCACAAACGUGGUGCUCUACCAGGAAGGAUUUGAGUUAGAUAGGCUCAGGCCACACUUUAAAAACCAAAAACCGGAAAACGGGUAUUCUCGUUGUCUUAGAGUCAAAGCGGGUAAUGAACAUUCCUAUCCCCAACACAUCAAUUGUAUUUUUUUUCUGUACAACUCAGACUUUCCUCAGUAUUUGUGUUUUUACAUUUUAUGGUUAAUUUAAUUGAAGAAGAAAGGGCAUUGCAGAGUUGUUCAACAAUUACCUCAUUGAGUGUGUCCAGUAGUGCAGGAAGUGAUGGCUUCUCUAAUGAUUUGCUACUCAAGAGGAGAGAGCCAGUGUGCACCAGAAAGCUGGAAUGCGUCGCAUUCUGUCUCCUCUUCUGCUAAACCCAAAGAUGACACGUUGGCAUUUGAGGUGUAGCGGAGAAUGAUGUAUAUUUAUAAAUCUAUUUAUACCACUAUACCAUGUGUAUAUAUAAUAUAUUUAUAACCACUUAAAUUGUGAGCCAAACCAUGUGAAAGAUCCUUCUUUUCCUAAUGGCAUAAAAAAAAAAAAAAUCAAACCCUUUCUGAGACUUUGCUUAAUUAGCACUCGAUGACCUCACAGUCAUAUUGGUGAGCUUGGGCACCCCCUUGCUAUUGUAAGUGACCCUAAAACCUUGGUGCAAAGGUGUGGACUGCAUAACAACCAGGGAGAAAGAGACAUAAGUUUUUUACUAUUAAGGACAAUCUAAGAUGGGUUUUUGUUUGUUUGUUUUGCCACAUUCUGAUGAUGUGGUCACACCCAAGCCCCAGAAAUGAAAAUCCCAUCGACCACUGCAACUUUUCUCUCUCUUCCUCUCCCUCCUUCCUAAAUAACUGAUGUAUCACUCAUCAAUCUGGUUUAUAUAUUCAGUAUUUUGGUCCAUGGCAACUAAUGUCAACCUGCAGAAGAGAACAACAAAUUUAGGAUAAUGCAGAGAAACCUAAGAGCCUUACUGAUCUGUUCCUUUAACGAAACUGACAGUUUUUUAUGGUAUUUUUUAAUCAGUGUUUGACAAGCACAGUCCUUAAUUGUAGGUAAACCAAAGCAUCACAUUCUGACGUUGACACCAAACACUUCCUAUUCCCAAUUACUCAUUUGUUCUCUUUUUCCCCUUUCAUGCUUUCUCAUUAAUGGGAAUUUUUCCUGAGACCUGCACAGUGGCUUGAGACUUCUUGAUUCUCUUUACCUUCUGACUUUCCCUGAGGCCUCUUACAUGUGAACGUUGAGCCCACAAUCAACAGUGGUUUUUUUUUUUUUUUCUCUUCUACUCAAAGUUAAAACCAACCAAAGUUAUUGGCUUUUUACUUUGCUAGAACAACAAACUAUCUUAUGUUUACGUACUGGUUUACAUUGUUAUUUAUGUGCAAAUUGUCAAAAUGUAAAUUAAAUAUAAAUGUUCAU